AUGUUGCGUGCUUGUGCUAUAGAGUUUUCAGGACGCUGGGAUGCUCACGUGCAUUUGAUGGAGUUUGCUUAUAAUAACAACUACCAAUCCAUUAUUGGGUUGUCACCAUUUGAGGCCCUUUGUGGAAAGAGUUGCAGGUCUCUUGUGUGUUGGGAUGAGGUAGGACAGAGGAAAUUGCUAGGACCUGAACUAGUGCAGACCAUGAAUGAGGCAAUACAGAAGAUCAGAGCUCAUAUGCAAACAGCUCAGAGCAGACAGAAGUGCUAUGCCGAUGUGAGACGUAAGGACCUGGAAUUUGAGGUUGAUGUUAAAGUGUUCUUAAAGGUGGCACCCAUGAAAGCACUGUCUUCAGUUCAUAAUGUCUUCCAUGUUUCGAUGCUGAGGAAGUAUAUGAUAGACCCGUCCCAUGUAGUUGACUUUGAGCCCUUGCAGUUGAAUGAUAACUUGGGCUACGAAGAAAAACCAAUAGAGAUCCUCGCGAGAGGUAAAGACAUUGCAUCGCAGGGAAAUUUCAUUUGUGAAAUUCCUGUGGCAGAAUCACCAGUUCAAGAAGACUACCUGGGAGCGAGAGGAUGA